AUGGCUGCAGGUUCCUCAUCUCAUCCUUCUCAAAUGGCUUUUGAUGUUUUCUUAAGUUUCAACAGAGACGAGGAAGAUGAUGGCUACCGACGUUUCAUUAAGUGUUUAUAUGAGACUCUUAGUGAAUGGGGAAUCAAGAUGUUUAUGGAUGAUGAUAAGAAGAUGUUUAUGGAUGAUAUUAAGAUGCUUAAGGAUGAUGGUAAGAAGAUGUUUAUGGAUGACGAGGUUAAUCUGAGUGAUGAUAUUGUGAAAGCAAUUGAAGGAUCAAUCACUUCCAUUGUUGUUCUAACAAAGGGGUAUGCUUCUUCCAAGUGGUGUUUGAGAGAGUUGGUUAAGAUAAUAGAUCAAAAAAACAAAACCAAACACCAAGUCCUUCCUUUGUUUUACCGGGAUUUGGUCCAUCCCUACGUUUAUCAUCAAAGUCAAGAUGUUGUUCGGCAUCAAAGUCAAGAUGUUGUUCAGCAUCAAAGUCAAGAUGUUGUUCGGCGUCAAAGUCAAGAUGUUCGAAAAUUCUUUAAAAGUAUGGCAGAAAAAGAUUACUCGGAGGUCAACUACAGGACAAGCUUGGCUAUGUCAGAAUUUUGCCGUCUCCCUGGAAUAUGUAUAUCACGAAAAAAUUCCUAUACAAAUAUCAAAUCCAUCGCAAAGCCGAUAAUUGAUCGCUUGCUUAGUCUUAAGCUCGAAGCCAAAGAAGGGAAUUUAUUUGAAAUGCCACUUCGAUUAACAACAAUGGAAAUGCUCCUUGGCUUUGGCUCAUAUGACAUACGUUUCAUAGGGAUAGUAGGGAUGAGUGGUAUUGGUAAAACAACCCUUGCGGAAGUGAUAUAUGCACAUAGUUUUAAGAGUUUCAUAUCUGACUUAGGAAAACGUUGCUUUCUUCACAGUCGUGGACGCAGUAUAGUCUCCUUGCAACAACAACUACUUGAUCAACUUGCUUCCUCAAAAAUGAUCGAUAUCCAAAUUUUGGAUGAGAGUCAUGGAGUACGAUUGAUUAAGCAGCAUUUGAGUUCACUUAAAGAAGUGCUUAUUGUUUUUGAUGGAAUAAGUGAAACAAGUCAACUAGAAAUGUUAGCUGGCAGCCCCGAUUGGUUUGGCGAAGGGAGUCGAAUCAUUAUUACAACCACAAAUAAAGAUAUUUUUCGCCACCCUAAUUUCAAAGACAAAGUGCAAGAAUAUAAUGUAGAAUUACUUUCUCAUGAGGCUGCCUUCUCCCUCUUUUGCAAGCUUGCAUUUGGAGAUUACCCUCCUUCCGAGGAUAUGAAGGAUCUUUGUAAUGAGAUAAUCGAAAAGGUUGGAAGACUCCCAUUAGCUUUGGAAAAAAUAGCUUUUUCAUUAUAUGGUCAUGACAUGGAUAUAUGGGAAGAUACAUUGAAGAAUUUUCACAAAGUAGUUUAUGAUAAUAUUUUCUCUGAUAUAUUAAAGUCAAGUUAUGAAGGAUUAGAAGCAGAGAGCCAACAAAUUUUCCUAGAUUUGGCAUGUUUCCUCAAUGGAGAGAAGGUGGAUAGAGUGAUUGAAAUACUUCAAGGCUUUGGUUAUAGCUCACCUCAAACUAAUUUGCAAAUGUUGGUCGAUAGAUGUCUUAUUGAUAUUUUAGACGGCCAUAUACAAAUGCAUAUUUUGAUUCUUUGUAUGGGCCAAGAAAUUGUGCGCCGCAAGAUGGGAAAUUGUCAACAAACUAGGAUUUGGCUUCGAGAUGAUGCUCGUCGUAUAUUUCAUGAAAACAAUGAAUUAAAAUAUAUUUGUGGAAUAGUGAUGGACUUAGAGGAGGAAGAAGAAUUGAUAUUGAAGGCCAAAGUAUUUGCAGAUAUGUCUGAGCUAAAAAUUUUACGAAUCAACAAUGUGCAACUUUCGGAAGAUAUUGAAUUUCUGUCAAAUAAAUUGACAUUGCUCAACUGGCCUGGCUAUCCUUCAAAGUAUUUGCCAUCAACAUUUCAACCACCAUCUCUGAUCGAGUUACACUUGCCUGGUAGUAAUGUUGAACGACUUUGGAAUGGAACACAGAAAUUUAAAAACUUGAAGCAGAUUGAUGCAAGUGAUUCAAGGUUUUUGGUUAAAACUCCUAAUUUUUCAGAGGCUGGAAACCUUCGAAGAUUGAUUUUACGAAAUUGUGGAAGACUAAAAGAGGUUCAUUCUUCAAUAAAUAGUCUCCAUCGUCUAGUUUUAUUGGAUAUGGAGGGUUGUGUCAGUUUCAGAAGCUUCUCGUUUGCUAUCACUUGCAAAAGUCUUAAAACUUUAGUUCUUUCUAACUGCGGUCUAGAGAUUUUUCCCGAGUUUAGAUAUCGGAUGGGAUAUUUGACUGAACUACACAUUGAUGGGACUUUCAUAAAUGAACUUUCUCCCUCAAUUACUAAUCUAUUUGGCUUGGUUUUAUUGAAUCUGAGGAAUUGUAUUAGACUUUCUAGUCUUCCAACUGAAAUUGGUAGUUUGAGUUCACUUAAAACUCUCAUUCUGAAUGGUUGCACAAACUUGGACAGAAUUCCACCAAGUUUGGGGUAUGUCAAGCCUCUUGAGGAGCUUGACAUUGGGGGAACAUCCAUAAGCACAAUUCCUCUCUUGGAAAAUCUAAGAAUUUUGAACUGUGAAAGGCUGAAAAGCAAUAUUUGGCAUUCUUUAGCUAGUUUGCCAACAAAUUAUUUUAGUUCACUCAAAGAUUUAAAUUUAAGUGACUGUAAUCUUGUAGAUGAAGACAUUCCUAAUGAUCUUGAACUCUUCUCCUCAUUGGAAAUUCUAGAUCUUAGCAGCAAUCAUUUUGAAAGACUGUCAGAAAGCAUUCAACAGCUUAUUAACCUUAAAGCAUUGUACUUGAAUGAUUGCGACAAGCUAAAGAAAGUACCAAAGCUUCCAGAAAGUAUAAGAUACGUGGGAGGAGAAAAGUCCUUUGGCAUGUUAACAACUUCUCAAGGUUCCCCUGCAUGCACCAUGUCACCUUCACCAUCUAAUGCUCCUCUGUUGACAAAUAACGACAAUUUCCAAAACGAAGCUGAUCUUUUUCAAGAGUACAGCACUAAAGAAGUGGAUAUUAUCAAGGAUAUGGGGAAGCAGACUGAUCAUAAGCUAGUACUUUCUCACAAAACUAGUUUAGUUGGAAUGGAGAAUCAAGUGGAGAAAGUUUGUAAUCUCCUAGAUUUAGAACGAUCCAAGGACAUACUUUUUGUGGGGAUUUUUGGAUCAAGUGGAAUUGGUAAAACAACCAUUGCUGACGUUGUUUACAACACAAUUGUAGAUCAAUUCCAAAGUGGUUGUUUUCUUUACCUUUCUUCAAAGCAAAACAGUUUGGUUCCACUUCAAAAUCAAAUGCUUUCUCAUCUUCUAUCAAAAGAAACUAAAAUUUGGGAUGAAGAUCAUGGAGCACAAAUGAUUAAGCAUCACAUGAGUAAUAGAAAAGUUCUUAUUGUUCUCGAUGGAGUUGAUGAAAGAAACCAAAUUGAAAAGUUAGUUGGAAGUCCGACUUGGUUUGCACCCGGAAGCAGAGUUAUUAUUACGGCUAGAAAUAGAGAUGUUCUGCAUCAACUCGAUUAUAGAGAUCAAGUGCAAGAAUACAAGGUGGAGUUACUUUCUCGUGAGAGUGCUUACUCACUGUUUUGCAAGAAUGCAUUCGGAGAUGGCCCAUCUGAUAAAAAUGAUCUUUGUAGUGAAAUUGUGGAAAAGGUUGGAAGACUUCCAUUAGCUUUGAGAACCAUUGCUUCCUAUUUGCAUAAUAAGGAGUUGGAAGUAUGGAUUGAAACAUUGAAAAGAUUAGAUGAAGUGGAACAAAAUUUCUUUGAUACAAUAUCGCAGAGAACUCAGAAGAAAACUACACCAACAUUAGGCCAAAUCUAGUUCUUUACUCAAGAUCCAACAUACUUGGAAGAACGGGGUCGUCGAUGAUUUCUCCACGGAUAAAGAUAUCUAUGUUGUGUGAUUGUCUUAUUACUUUGUCAUGAAUCCACUAGUACUUAUAUAAGGAUUCUGAGGUUUUUUUUUCUUUUAUAUCCGUGCCCAGACCAACUAGUCGGCAAUGGAUCUGGACUGCAAUGCGUGUGGAUCUGAUCUGAUUUAGGCAACGACUCUGUGCCCUAAUAAGUAGACAUCAUAGAUUGAACCCAUGACCUACUCUUAGUUAGUUAUUGAGGUCAUGUCUCCUUUUUUAACACUAGGCCAAUGCAUGAUAGUUUGUGAACAUCCUGAAUUUAAUGCAUAUUUCAAUGAACAACUUUAUCUCUUGCUUGUA